AUGGAGAAUAUUUUAAAAAAUUUUCGAAUGUUGAACAUACCUGUAAAGGAUAAUCCCCUUUUGACAUUAAAUUUGUUUAUAUUUAGCUGUAAAAAUGAUAGUGAUGAAGACAAUAUGCAUAACGAAACGCUAUGUGUAGGGGUCCUUGAUAAUAUAUUUAACCACAACGAUAUAAAAAAGUUUUUUUCUAAUUUUGGAACUAUUAAAUCUUUUAAUGUUUUAGAAAAAGAGUAUUUAUCAAAAAAUUUCCAAAAUUUUGCUUAUUGCAUAUAUAUAAAAUAUAUAGAAGAAAAUACAAUUGAAACUAUUUUAAGAUAUACUGUUGAUUUAAAUAAUUGUUUUACAAGUAACACCUAUGUUCCAUAUUUUAUAAAUAUGGAAAGUAAAAAAUAUACAUAUUAUUUACAAAAAUAUUAUGAUGAUUAUUAUAAUUUAAAUAUAGGAAGGAAAACAAUUAUUAAAGACAUUUUAAAUUUAAAUAAAGAUAAUAAGCAUCCCAAAAAAACAAAUUUAGUGGAUAAUGACGGUUUUACUGUUGUUCAAAAACACAUAGAUAAGCCUGAUAAUAUUAACUCAAUUUUUUCUAAUAAUAACGAAAAAAUUAAAAAUUUCACAAAAAAACGGAAAUCCAAAAUUCAUGAAGGAUUUUAUUUAUUUCAGAAAAAAAGAAGUUUUAAUAAUUCAAAUCCAAUUCUACCCAAAAAUAAAAAGACGAAAAAAUAA